AUGCGCUCCCUUUUUUUCGCAACUGUCUUUUUUACCCUAGGCCAUGGUGCGCAGGCAGCAGGUACCAUGGCUCAAGAAGGCCUCGGUGAUAAUGUAGACGGCAACGGCGCCAGCGUGGAUGCUAUCCCGCAUGCAGUCCCGCAAAACGGCAAUGCCAAAAUUUCUGACGCCACGGCUGCAUACUGUCCCGAACUCACUUGCCCUAAAAGUGGUUGCUGCACCUAUGCCUAUCCAUUGUGCUGUUAUGGCUUCUGCUGUCCUAGGAACUAUCCGUACUGCGGAAGGGACGGACGCUGUUAUGAGCACGCUUAA